GACACUGUAGGGGAACUAUAGGAAACAUUGGACCUCUGCUUGUUGGACGAGGAGGAGGUGUCUUGUCUGCCCGCCUGCUCUCUCUCGCUCUCUCUCUCUCUCUCUCUCUCUCUCUCUCUCUCUCUCUCUCUCUCUCAAUCAACGAGGCUUCUGCCACCAGAGCCAAGAGUUGCCGUUCCGCGCACCGAUGCCAAAACGCGCAGGAGGAGUCAGUGCCAAAGGGUCAUUUUAGCGCACCACUGCUGAAAUGGAAGGACUGUAGGGAAUCCUAGAAUAAACAGCAGCCAUUUGACCCCCCCAGAUGAUAUAAUCAUAUCAUUAAAACUGAGAAAAGGGAAAAGGAGCCAAAUAAGAGCCAUCACCAACGGAGUGCUCUGUACUUCAUCUGACUGUCACCACGGUGUCUGCAGAGGUGGGCAGUCCAGGAUUUUUGUUUUAGUUUUUUCUGCAGAAGGUCAUUGCCAGACAUACCUGCCUUCAUAUAUCAUCAUCCUCAUCGGCCGCUUGUAGCCAACUGCUUCCUAAAAACUACACUUUGGCUUCCUCACUCCAGGUGUUGCUUCUUCCUGAAGACCCUGCGGGACAUUUUGGACAAACUGGUCUUCCAUCCUUAUUGCGCUCCUGUCCGACUCCUCGCCACCCGAGUCCGAGCGCGCCUCAAAGUUGCAGCCGAAGACUGUGAAUAGUACAGGGAUUAGGAGAGGGAAAGGUUGGUUACCUACGAGCCAGAGAAGACCGACACCACGGUCCAAGCCGACUCCAAGUGCCGUUCACCGGGCGAUGCCAGAGUAAAUGCCGGGGCAAUGUCCCGCCGCAAGCAGGUGAACCCGCAGCACUUAUCGUUGACGCACAGGGAGACAGUUCGGGCAGAAGCCAAUCAUGAUUCAGGGGCGGGAUCUCCAUCUCCGGAGCCGUCCACUCCCAGCCCUCGGAGAGUGGGCCCUGGGGAGCAUGACAUGCUGACCUGCGGCCAGUGCCAAACCAACUUCCCUCUGGGCGAUAUCCUGGUUUUCAUCGAGCACAAGCGCCGUCUGUGCCGGGGCCCCCGAAGCGGACCGGUGUCUUUCUCCAAACCUGGGGAGAAUGGCGGACUCACGGGCAUUCCCAUCUCACCCAGGGCCAGGUCACUGGAGCUGGGCAGAGGGUCCAUUCCGGUGGAGGUGGGCAUCCAGGUGACCCCCGGCAGAGAGGAGGAUCUGGAGAGGAGCAUGACGCCGGCCAGGGGGAUCUGCCCCAAACGGGAGAGAGGAGACAAAGAUGAGCCGUCUAGCUACAUCUGCACUACCUGUAAGCAGACCUUUACCAGCGCCUGGUUCCUGCUUCAGCAUGCCCAGCACACUCACGGCAUCCGCAUCUACCUGGACCACCACCCAGUCAACUGCUCCCUCACUCCCCGCAUGGCUCUGCCUCCACCCCCGUGCGACGCCCUGCCCCGCUCCCCUCUCCCUACUUUCCUCGGUGACACCAACAACCCAUUCCACCUCCUCCGCAUGGCUGCGCCCCUGCUCAGGGAACACCCCCCUCCCCCGGGCUACAUGGAGACCCGGCUGCCUGCAACACCACCCUUUGUCAGCCCUCCCCCACCCCCUAGGACCCCUCUAGAGCGGCUGGGCCCAGAGGAGAUGGGGCUGCUGUCCCAGCACCCCAGUGCCUUUGAGAGGGUGAUGCGGAUGGCCCCCAUGGACCCUCCUUCCAUGGACUUCUCCCGUCGUCUGAGAGAACUGGCGGGCAACACGACCAAUAACGGGGGGCCCACUCCUCCUCUCUCACCCAACCGUGUGCCACCCAUGCACCGCUUGCUGAGCCCCACGCUUUUCCAGCCUGGCCCCAAGCCCCCGGCGUUUCUAACCUAUCCCCCACAGCCGCCCACUUCUCAGGGGGGACACGGUUCUUCCAGCCCUCCUGACAGCCAGGGUCAGAACCAGACCCCGGGGAAAUCCAAAUCCUGCGAGUUCUGUGGCAAGAUUUUCAAGUUCCAGAGCAACCUGAUCGUCCACAGACGCAGCCACACAGGGGAGAGGCCGUACAAGUGUCAUCUCUGUGACCACGCCUGUUCCCAGGCCAGCAAGCUUAAGAGGCACAUGAAGACACACAUGCACAACAAGUCUGGCUCCAUGAGUGGCUCCCCCGAACAGGGAAAUAGAGAAGAGGUAGGAGAGGGUGAAGAAAAGAGCAGGGAGGGACAUUCAGGAGGGAUGGGCAUGGACAAUGAGGAGGAGGAGGAGGAAGAGGAGGAAGAAGAAGAGGAGGAAGAGGAAGAAGAGGAAGAACUGAGGAAUGGAAGUCGGCCAGAUUCCAACUUGAGCGAGGACUCCCAGGAGUUCAGCCAGAAUAGGGAGAAUGGCCCGAGACAGUGUCCCGAGGAGAAACCCCUGGGCGGGGAUAGAGGAAGCGCACGGGCAGAUGUGGGGAAACAAGCAUUGGGGAUAAUGGACCCUAGACAAUCAACUAAAAAAAACUAACAAGAGAAGCCUCGAGAUAACCUUUUGGCAAUGGCGGAGAGAGAAACAGAGGGAUAGAAAGAGAAAAACAAAAAAAGAGAUCAGCAGGUGAACCAGAGGCCCGUGAUGAACGGCAGGAUCAGCGUAUCCGAAGCGGACUCCUUCCCUGGGCUGUUCCAGCGUCGGCCCACCCCCAUCACCAGCCCAAACCCCUCCUCCAACAACAAGAGGAUCAAGAUAGAGAAGGAACAGCUGGAGCUUCCCCCAACCUUACCCCUCAUCUCCCCGGAGAACGUCUACUCCCAGCUCCUGGCUGGCUACGCCGCGUCGCGCCACUUCAUCCGAGAGCCCUUCCUGGGAUUCACAGACUCGCGUCAGUCGCCGUUCGCCACCUCCUCCGAGCACUCCUCCUCAGAGACGGGGAGCCUCCGCUUCUCCACCCCGCCCGGGGAGCUGAUGGAAGCAGGAAGCGCGUCGGGCCGCAGCGGCAGCAGCACUCCUCACCUCCUGCGGGGACCCGGGCCCGGCAGGCCCCCGAGCUCUAAGGAUAGGAGGAAUGACACCUGCGAGUACUGUGGCAAGGUGUUCAAGAACUGCAGCAACCUGACGGUGCACCGACGCAGCCACACGGGGGAACGGCCCUACAAGUGUGACCUGUGCAGCUACGCCUGCGCCCAGAGCUCCAAGCUGACGCGCCACAUGAAGACCCACGGGCAGUUCGGGAAGGAAGUGUACCGCUGCGACAUCUGCCACAUGCCCUUCAGCGUCUACAGCACGCUGGAGAAACACAUGAAGAAAUGGCAUGGCGAACAUUUGAUGGCCAGUGAGGUCAAACUGGAGGAGGCGGACAGAGGUUAAGCCAGCAGCCGUUAGUUAUACAGCCUACAUUGACCACGAGCAAACACUCACACACACAUGGACAAAUGCAGACACACACAUGCACACACAAAAUCCCUAUAACCACUUCUUCAGCUAUGGGGCUUGGCUGGAUAAUCUCUCUCUCUCUAUAAAAAAAAAUAAAAAAUGAGACUGAUUGAUGUUCAUCUUUUUUUCUUGUCACAGAAACUGCCACCUGAGAAUAUAAACAAAGGGAAACUUUAAUGAGAACUUGUCUGGAAUGCACAACUUGGUGUUUCUUGGCAAACCGUCUGAGGAUUUUAUCAGUUAGGAAUCCAUGGAGCCUUUCUACUGUGCAAUAAUUUCUGUAUUUAUUGGAUUUUUGUAAUGAUAUUUGGCAUGUGCAGGUACAUCUUUGUGGGAUUUCAUAUGGAGUUAGUUUUGAAAUGUGCUAAAACGUUUUUUUUUUGUUUUUGUUUUUUUCUAAAAUGCGAUAACUGGAAAGAAGUCACCCUAAAUACAAAUUUUCUUUUUCUUCUUCUCUCCUUUAAGGAAGCUUAUUAUCAUGUGUGAGUAAAAUUGUGCAAAGCAGUUAGCUUUUUAAAGUUAAAAUAAUUGUUUUCUAUAUAAACUUGCAGCAGCGGACUACAAUCCACUCCCUCAUACAGGCCUAAAGCACUGAAUGUCAGCCUGACAAUAAAACAUCAUGCUGGAUUUUAAAAAUCCAAUCUUAUCUUAUAGACCUGAUAAGUUACUACUUUAACUUAGUUACUACUUAGUCCUUACUUUAAAUUUAUUCAGGGAAUUUGUCCUUUUAAAUAUUGGCGUGUGAAUAAUUUCAAAAUGCAGUUACUGUAUUGCUGUCCUUGCUUCAGUCAGGACAUAAAUAAAGGUUGCACUUAGUGGAGCCUUAACUGAUACUCAGUACAUUCCCGGUGUAGGAUUAAAAUACCAUAUUUAAAUGAAUAUGUUGAAUAAGUUAAGACUACUCGUGAUUAAUGUGAGAAGGAGAACAGUCCUGUUUUAUGGUUUUGUAAAUAUAUUUUUUUUUUCUAUAUGUUAAAGUAGCCCCGACUGUACGUGAACAAUGGCCUAAAACUAAACAAUCAGAAGACCAGCUGCUUGCAUCAUCCACAGUAAAUGCUACGUGUAACUACCAUUCAUUAUUGCUUUAUUAGAACCACUUGAUUAUCUCCCCCACUCCCCCACCCCAUUUGAAAAAAAGCCAUUUGUUAUAGCUCAAGCUACUUCAACAAUUGUAACAGCCUUCGAAUCAUUCUCCAUCUCCCUCUCGUGUCUGCUGUGGCAUCUCUCUCAGACCCGGGUCGACUUCACCGUGUCCCCUUAGGGCCCACAAAAUGGUUCCAAAUGAAAUUCAUAUCAAUAUGUGUUAGCGUGUGUGUGUUCUUCUCUCUCUGCAGUGUGCUCUAAGCCUCUCUCCGACGGCGUCUUUUCACAGUUCACUAGCUCAGAUUCAUGCAUUAGAGCGGCUUUUAAAAGGAAGCCUGUUCAUUCGCCUCACAAAGUGAUAUGGGUUUAACUCUCAGUAACAGAUUUUGAGACAGUGUGCAUGUUCGUGACUUUUGGGGAUUAUGUUUUUUUUCUUUUUUUUUCUGCAUCGUUCAUCCUGAAAUGAAUCUGGUAGAGAAAAAAUAGGCUAUAUGAGUUAUGAUAAUUUUGAGCACAGCUGCCAUGGGACCUUGAGUAGGGGCUAUUCUUAUGGUAUGAAUGAAAGAUUGGAACUGAGAAAUGAAGAAGUGUGUGAAAGAAAUGGACGGAUAGAGAGAGAGAGAGAGCAAGACCUUGACCAGGGAGAAGAGCCAUUUAAAUGAAAUUGGAAGCAUGUGAAAAGUGUGUGUUUUUUUUUGUACCCAAACGCACAUCUACUGGCCACAUCUUAUAACAGAGCGUGAGAGGGAGGGAGACGGCAAAGCCACACGAAAGGAGAUUGAGACUACAUCUUUGUUUUUUUGUACUCCAAUUCUCAUCACAAUCAUCUUAAAGUUUGACCUGCCAUUUUGGCCUAUUGUCAGGUUUUAUCUGCGCCAUUUUGUUUGGAUAGGAAAAAAAAAAAGAGAUUAUGCUGUAUCUUGUAUGCAAAUUCCUCUUUUUGUGAUUUUUUUUUUUUAGAAAGGAAAUGAUGUUGAAGCCGCAGCAGCUCUCCAUAAGCUAGUUCAAUACGUUUUAAGGAAUUCACGGGAGAAGUGCGAUCGGCUGAAGAGCUGCUUUCGGCUCGCUUACACAUGUUGAUGCAUGAGAGCAAAAAUCAAGAUCCUGUUGUAUACGCACGGUGUAUUCAUUCCAGGAAAACUCAGUUCAGUUCUAGGCUAAAAUAAGGCAUACAACUAUCAAAUAUUUCACAUCCACGCGGUGAACGUGGAACCUGGACAGAGAUCCAAAUCACACAUGGACAUUCAGUCUUACAAUAUGUUUACAGUGUUGAAGUAUGCCAUGAAUGAAAUAUGUGUAAGUGUUUAAAAAUGAUAAAAGUAUUGUUUUCUCCAAUGUUCUUUCAAAUGCCAUAGCAGUUUUUGUAUGAUUAUCCUGGUGGAGGGAUUUUAUCUUCAUGAAUAUGUUUCUGUAUGAUUACUUGUUCACUGUAUGGGAAGACAAUUUUCGAAAUGUGAUAUUGCAGAAUCAUGCCAGAUUAUUAUUUGUUUUUCUAACAAGAGUGGUGCCAUUAUUGACUUUUAUAUUUAAUUUUUUUUUUAUUUUGAAUGAAUUUCCUGUUGUUGGUUUGGUGAAGCUAUCCUCCAUGGAUGUAAAAAAAAAAAAAAAAAAAAAGAGAGAUGUUCCUAAAGGAAGAAUCUUUGGCAGGGGAAUGCAAUGCUUUAUGCAGGAAGACUUUUCCAAAUCAAUUUUCUGAGACAUUCAUAAACAUUAUGUUUUGUUUUUGUUUUUAUCCUCAUGGUUGGUUGAAGGUCUUGUGACAGCACUUACAACUGUAAUUUUCAAUACAUUUUCAUAUUUCACUUUUCACAACUUUCACUUACACUCUUUGUAAAAAAAAAAAAGAAAAAAAUAGUUUCCGUUCUUUUUUGGGGGGAGUGCAUCAUUGUGAAAAAAAAGUGAUUUCAGAACAGUACACAUCUGCUGUUUUGAACAUAUAUGUAUUUUUGUAAUGUGUUGAAAAAUCAAUACAAGAAAGCCAACACUUCAAUAAAUGUUGCAAUUGCUCUAUGAUUGAAGCAA